ACUACGUUUUAACGCAACAUCCAAAAGAAGCUGCAGGUGGCGGUAAAGAGCUGAGAUUUGUUCCACUUUUUGCGGCAAAGCAAGAUAAGGAGAAGGAAGAUAAGGAAGAUCGGUGAAUUCCUGACGGAGGACUCGUACCGGUGCCAAAUGAAGAUUCUGAUGGUGUUUGAUUUUGACCACACCGUGGUCGAUGCCAACAGUGACACUUGGGUGGUCAGGUGCCUUCCUGAUAAGACACUUCCUGGCUCUGUGGAGAAUUCGUACAGAAAAGGCUACUGGACUGAGUACAUGGGCAGGGUGCUGAACUACAUAGGUGAGCAGAAGGUGAGCCCAGACAGGGUUCGCAGUGUGAUGGAGACCAUCCCCUUCACAGCUGGAAUGACUGAGUUGCUGACAUUUAUAGCAGAGAAUAAAAGUGCCAUUGACUGCAUAGUCAUCUCUGAUUCCAACACCUUGUUUAUAGAAUGGAUUCUCCAUGCUGCAGGACUCCAGGCGGCUGUUGACAAGGUUUUUACCAACCCAGCUAAGCUCAAUGAGUUGGGCCACAUUGAGGUGCAGUGCUAUCAUUCUCAUGCCUGUGAUCAAUGCCCUGUCAACCUCUGCAAGAAAAAAGUCCUGGAGCUUUACCUUUCUGAGCAAUCUGAUGCCGGCGUGGAGUAUGAGCAAAUCUUUUAUGCGGGGGAUGGGGGGAAUGAUCUCUGCCCUACUUCCUGUCUGAGAGGCCGUGAUGUUGUGAUGCCUAGAAAGGGAUACACUCUGGAGAAGCUGCUAGCCAAACUGGAAGGUCAGGAGGGCAACUUUUCUGUAAGAGCUAAAAACAUUGCCUGGAGCAGUGGCACUGACAUUCUCCGGGAGCUGAAAGCAAGCAUGCAGUCAGAGCCGUGGCACAUGAAAUAUUACAAAUAUUGAGCCUGCACUGCAGGAUCCAUUGUGCUGCCUGUAUUCUUUUUUUUUCAUAUUAUAAUUCAAAAUUUUAGAAGAUUUUAUGAAAUUUUUAACUUAUUUAAAACGACAGCAUUUGCACAUGUAAACCAGUCUUUUAAAAAGGGUAAUUUGUCUGCAGGGAAAUUUACCUUUAUCUUUUAUCAUCAUGCUCUUUACAAUUUUUCUAAUUUUCCGUGGUGAUCGAAAAUAGAGGCGCCUGAAACCACUAACAAUACAUAGGCAGUGUGUCACAACGGCAGCUUUUACAUGUGCAGUGUAUGUUAAAUACUACAUAAGAAUUCAGUUAAGAUUAUAUUUAGUAUAGUAUUCAAGAUCUGUUGUUGGGGCUGAUCCAAGAAGCAGAGAUGAACCAGCAAGUUAACUUGAUCUGAUAACGUAGAAGUCAGGGAAAUUUCUGAGCAGAUUUGAGACAUGGAUUAAUUUUAGUCCCAGAGUACAAGAAAAAUUAAAAGAUGUCUCCAUUGAAAUGUUUCUGGACUAGGGUUUCUAGAAAGGUUCAUGUUAAAGGCAUUUUGUUAACCUGAAAACCUUAAAUCAGUGUACUUCAUGCAGUCUGCACUAUAUCUAGCCACAGUACUGUGCAAAAAUAUUGAGCCACCCCUUAUUUCUUUACAUUUUGGUGGAAAGAUAGAAAAUUGGUACAGCAGUUUAUUGAAACAUGUGGAAACAUGCAUGGAAAUUAAGUAUAUAUAU